AUGGAGACGAAUCAACCUGAAGAAAGACUGGAAAAGGCACAUGUGAACGAGAAAAAGACGUGGGUUCUCAAAUUGGAUGAGGCAUCUAAGUUGAUCGCAUCAGGCUUAUUCAAAAAAUUACGCUGGUUGUUUUCUGAUCGUUUUGGCUCAUUUGGGCACGACACGGUCAUUGCCAUGUGCGUUCUUGAUACAUGCGAAAUAAUCAGGAACUAUGAAGCAUGCUUCCCCCAUCUGAGAAAGACGCAAACGGAAACAAAUUUGGUGGAGAAGACCACUUGUCGAUCGGGGUCUUUCCAAAGAAACAAACCUUCAGAACCUCACGAAGAGGUACUCCUCAUGGCUCGAUGA